AUGUCGGCUCCUACCGAAGGGCUCGUCUCAGUAGCUUCCAAUGUGCAACCCCAGGCCAUUAGCAUCGGAUCGCGCGCCGCGAAAGGCAAGACUGUCUUGAUAGACAACUACGACAGUUUCACCUACAAUGUCGUCCAAUUCCUCGCGGAAGCUGGCGCUGACCUUGUCGUUUUUCGCAACGACAAGAUCACCCUGGAAGAGAUCGAGGCACUCAAUCCUGCCAAUAUUGUCAUCAGCCCUGGCCCCGGUCACCCUCUCCAUGACUCAGGUAUUUCCAUUCCGUGUAUCAAGCACUUUGCCGGCAAGAUUCCCAUUCUCGGCGUCUGCAUGGGCCUCCAGUCAAUUUACUCGGCCUACACUGGUGUCGUUGAAUUCGCUGGCGAGAUCGUCCAUGGCAAGACAUCCGAGAUCGCUCAUGACGGAAAGGGUCUUUACGCGGGCCUUCCCGCCCAAGGCGUGAUUGGCACGCGCUACCACAGUCUCGCUGCUCAGCUUCCUAGCCUGCCCAAGGAGCUCGUAGUCACUUCCAAAACCGCCAGCGGUGUCGUCAUGGGCAUCCGUCACACUCGUUACACUGUUGAAGCCGUACAGUACCAUCCCGAGAGUAUCCUCAGCGUUGGAGGCCGCGAAAUGAUGGUCAACUUUCUCAGCUGGACCGGCGGUACCUGGGACGCCAAUCCACAGGCCAAGGUCGAUGCCGCUGCUAUCGAGCGCGCCGAAAGCACCACCGAGCCUGUCCUUGCUAUGGCCUCUACUGAAGCUGCCAACGGUCAGCCCACACCAGCUGCUGCGGGCAGUGUCGGCACCAUUCUCGAGAGAAUUCAUGUGCAGCGACUCAAAGACAUUGCUGCCACCAAGGCCAUUCCAGGCUUCUCUCAGCGUGAUCUUGAUAUAGCUCUCUCGCUGCACCUCGCACCUCCUCUGAUCAACUUCCCAGAGCGUCUCCAGCGACACGCCUCUCGUGGCUUGCCCGGAGUCAUGGCCGAGAUGAAGCGUGCCAGUCCCAGUAAGGGCGACAUCGAUCCCACCGCCCACGCUGGCGCCCAAGCGCUUGCAUACGCUCGCGGAGGUGCCAGCGUUAUCAGUGUUCUCACUGAGCCCAAGUGGUUCAAGGGUACGAUGCAUGACCUAUCGCUCGCAAGACGAGCGGUCGAUAACCUACCGGAUCGCCCCGCCAUUCUGAGAAAGGACUUCAUCGUCGACACUUACCAAAUUGCCGAAGCCAGGCUUGCUGGUGCCGACACGGUGCUGCUCAUCGUUGCCAUGCUCACGGACGAGCACCUCAAGGAGCUCUACGACUACAGUCUUAGCCUGGGCAUGGAGCCGCUCGUGGAAGUCAACAAUCCCGAAGAAAUGACGCGCGCCAUUCGACUCGGUGCAAAGGUUGUCGGCGUCAACAAUCGCAACCUCCAUGACUUUAAUGUCGACAUGGAGACCACUUCGCGACUUGCCGACGCUGCCAACAAGGGCGGUGUCAUCCUUUGUGCUCUUAGCGGUAUCAGCGGUCGCAGCGAUGUAGCCAAGUAUCUCAAGGAGGGCGUUGGCGCCGUCCUGGUAGGCGAAGCGCUGAUGCGUGCCAAGGACAAGCGCGCUUUCAUUCACGAUCUGCUAGGUCUCCCUUCCACCAGCACGGCCGUGGAAAGUCUGCCUGGAUCCGUUGUGGGUCACGCCUCGCUUGUUAAGAUCUGUGGUCUGUCGACGGUGGAGGCGGCGGUCACUGCUGCCGAAGCUGGAGCUGAUAUGCUGGGCAUGAUUCUCGCUCCCGGCACUAAGCGCACUGUCUCGCUCGAGCAGGCAGCUGAGAUCAUCAAGGCUGUCCGUUCGCUUCCUGCCUUUGAAAGCGCCGCCCCGGUCACCCUCGAUGCUGAUGCGGUUGCUGGCUCCAUCGAGCAGGGCGUGACUCCGGAAGACUGGUUCUCGCUGACAGUCAAGAAGCUGCGCUCCCGAGCGGGUCGCAGACCCCUGCUCGUCGGUGUCUUCCGCGACCAGCCACUUGCCGAAGUAGCAAGCACGGCCGAACGUCUUGGCCUCGAUGUAGUCCAGCUGCACGGCCGUAGCGAAGGUACGGAAUGGGCAAAGUUCCUCCCUGGUCGGCUAGUCAUUCGCGUCUUUUCGGUCAAGCCUGGAGCUGGAUUGGGCAAAGACUUGCUCCGGGAAGUGAGCCGACCGGGGUACCACCACAUUGCGGCAUUGGACACCGCAGCUGCUGGUGGAGAUGGUGGCACGGGUGUGUCGUUUGACUGGUCCAUCGCGAAUCAGAUCAGGAACGCUGAUCCUUUGCCCGGUGUAGUGGGCGGUUCGGCGUUGAGGUCCAUGCCAGUGUUGCUUGCUGGCGGGCUCACAGCUGAGAACGUCGCACAGGCGAUCAAGGUGGCCCAACCGUUCGCAGUUGAUACCAGCUCCGGCGUCGAGACCGACGGCAACAAGGACCUCGCUAAGAUCAAGGCGUUUGUCCUCGCUGCUCGCACUGCUUCCUCCCUAGCUUGA